AUGCCAAGCGCGGUGUCACUUAAGCUAAUGUUAAUACUGAUGGCGCUCACCGUUAUGGUCGGAUCGGAUCCAGUGCCGGGCGAGGUAGCCACAACGCAUCAAGACAUCCGCGCGAUGCUUGAGGAUGUGAAAUCUCAUCUGAACCGAUUCAACUCGCAUUACCUUAUCAAUCUGGAGCAGCGAAUAGUGUCGUUGCUCACCACGAUGACCAGUUUGGAUGCGAACGUCAAAACUCUACAGGAGAAGUCGCAAAUUUGGGAUGUUUUUCAGCAUCACAUCGGAGCCUGGAGCGAACACAUCAAAUCCGUUGACAGCAAGCUCGAUAUUUUGAGAAAAGCACACGACACACCUUCACCAUCGCUCGAAUCGCGCCUCUCCAAUCUGGACUUUAAGGUCCAACAUAUCUUCGAGAAGGUUGAUGUGAUCAACGAGAAGCUGCACGAUAUCACUAAAACCGUGUACGCACUAUCCAGCAGCAGUGCUAUCAAUCGAGGCCGGCGAAACGAUCGCUUGGAAUCGGCUGCAGAACAAGCGGCAAUCCUAACCAAAAUUACCCACCUUCAAAAGCAAAUUAAUCGGAUCGAAAGCAAUGGCAAUAGUAACUGCCAGAAGCAAAACAAUGGCCAAGGGAAUCGGGCAGCUGUUUCGGCUAAGUUUAGGAAGGACGUGUCGGAUUCUGACGAGGAGAUGGAUGAAUUUCUGGACAAGCUGACGGCAAAAAAGUUGCGCGAAAUGGUUGCCAAUCGUAGACAGUGCCGCGCGCUGGAUACACUGACCGGGAUGGCGCGUUCGAUCGAGGAUCGUACGGUACGCAUCUACGAUUUGGAGGCGAACCAAUUCGAACAAAUUCUAUCCUGCUGUCAGCGAACGAAUCACGAAGUUGCCACCUUCACAAACAGUGCGGAUAUUUUGCUGAAGCGCAUCGAACAUUUAGUGCUAGAUGUGGACAGGAAGGUGGAGAAGCGAAACAAUUUCCCUUGUAGCCAUGGGGUGACAGGUGUCGAUGAAGCUGCGGUGGAUGUUCCCAUACCGGCUGGCAGCAAUGGUACAAUAGAAGAAAGCUUAGAUGUCUCUUCAAAUGUAGAUAUUGGUAGUGGUAGUGAGGAAUCGAGCCCGAAUGCUGAUACCAACGUGAUUAGCACAGCAGCGAUUGAGCAGCACGAGGAAGUAAGCUUCCAUCAUCCGGACAAAGAUGGCUGCCAUCAACUACUUAAGCGCGUUAGCGGUGUGUACACGUUCGCUGAAGUCGAGCUUAACGAAGCUAGGCGGGAUUUCAACCGACGAUACUGUGAGUUUGCAACGGACGGUACGGCUUGGACGGUGGUGCAGCGUCGGAAUUGGUACGAUUUGCAGGAAAACUUUAACCGAUCGUGGAAUGAGUACAAGUACGGAUUUGGUGAUCUCGGGUACGAGUUUUGGAUGGGGAACGAUUUCAUACACAGAUUAAGUUACGAUGACAACGUUGAGCUACGCAUCGAGCUGGAAGAUUUUGAAGGCAACAAAUCAUACGCAGCCUACGGAACGUUCCGUAUGGAGUCGGAAAAGUUCAACUACAACCUGAUGGUUUCCGACUACCAUGGCAAUGCUUCGGAUGCGCUUGCUUACCACAACGAUCACGAUUUCAGCACCUACGAUCGUGCGAAUGAUAAAUCUAGUGGAGAUUUUCCGUGCGCGCUAACCUUCGGAAGUGGUUGGUGGUUUAACAGGUGUGCGGCUUCAAAUUUGAAUGGAAAGUACUAUCUGGAGAAUCCUCGUAAUCAUAAACAUACCGGUAUACUGUGGGAAUCAUGGCUGGGAGACUAUUCACUGAAAGCGGCCAAGAUGAUGAUACGUCCGAAGGACGCAUGGAGCCGGGAUGAGGAGAUGGCGGAUAAUGACGGUGCGAUGGAUCCGUAA